AUGAAGUUCUCCGUCUCCGUUUCGCUGCUCGCAGCAGCAGGCCUUGCCUCUGCCGCCAACGAGUUUGCCAUGAACAGAUUGAUGUCCAUGAAGAUGGCUGAUCGUCAAGAAUACAGGAACAAAGGAAUGUACCACCCUGGACGAUACAACAGCACAAACCGAUUCGUUCCUUGCAGACAGGGCAAGGCUGGAGAAUACUCUUGCGACAAAGUAAACCAGCACGGUUUCCUAACCCAUGAGCAAAUGGGUAGCACCACCCGCGAGGGUAACGAUGUCUGGGGCUGGACCUCAAGAGAUGGACGUGAGUUCGGUGCCGUCGGCCAAACUGAUGGAACCGCCUUCGUUGAGAUCUUGAAGAACGGAGUACUCGAGUACAAGGGCAGACUACCAACCCAGACCAAGCCCAGCAUCUGGCGUGACAUGAAGGUCAUUGACGGAUUCGUCUACAUCGGAGCUGAAGCUCCUGACCACGGUCUCCAGAUCUUCGACAUGCGCAAGCUUCUCGAUGUCAAGACACCAAAGGUCUUCUCCAUCAAGGACGAUGUUACCGCUUGGUUCGGUGGCUUCGGUAGCUCCCACAACAUUGUUGCCCACGAGGAGACCAAGAUGAUCUAUGCCGUUGGAACAGGCAGAAAGACCGAGUGCGCCGGUGGUCUGUUCAUGGUCGAUGUUUCCGACCCAAGCAAGCCAACUUCCCCUGGCUGCGCCAACUCUGAUGGAUACGUCCACGACGCUCAAUGCGUUACCUACACUGGCCCAGACACCCAACACAAGGGCAAGCAAAUUUGCUUCGGCUACAACGAAGAUUCCCUCACCAUCUACGACGUCACUGAUAAGCACAGCCCAAAGAUCAUCUCCAAGACUCCCUACCAGGGCUCUGCCUACACCCACCAGGGAUGGCUCGCCGACCCAAAGAAGAUGACCUAUCUCCUCCUUGACGACGAGCUCGAUGAGAAGGACGGAACUGCCCCAGGCAAGAACCACACCACCACCUACAUCUUCGACAUCAAGGAACUCGCCAAGCCAAAAUACACCGGUUUCUACCAAUCCCCAGCUCAAUCCAUUGACCACAACCAGUACGUUGUCAACGGCCUAACCUACCAGUCCAACUACGGCUCUGGUCUCCGAAUCGUCGACAUCAGCUCCGUCGAGAAGAAGCCAGAUGGCUCUCAGUUCAAGCAGGUCGGUUUCUUCGACUGCCACCCAGAGGAUGACGCCAAGAACGGAGAAGUUUCCUUCCACGGAAGCUGGAGCACCUACCCUUACUUCAAGAGCGGAUAUAUCCUCCUGAACAGUAUUGAGCGUGAAAGCUCGGUGACCAUGAAUCUCCUUAAAUUCCUGGAUACUCUUGGGCACGAAGUUGAGGAUGCCGAACAAGAUGCUUUUAUCCAAUUCUCAAAGCCAAUACCCUCAAUUGAUCUGGGAUUUGUCGACCCUCGAUCAAACAAUGUAGAGGUUACCAUUAACGGAGAGGAGUUCGCAAUCCGUCAGUCCCCGACACUUUUAUCCUCGACACGAGCAGGCGGAACUACAGGUGCAGUUCUCUGGCAAGUUACACCUCGGCUUGCAGAAUGGCUCUGCAAGAACGAGAAUCCGCUAUGGAAGUCAUCCCUUCUUGACCAGGAUUCAACCGUUGCCGAGCUAGGAUGUGGCAUUUCAGGCCUCCUUGCGCUAUCUCUAGGCCCGAAAGUUGGCAACUACAUUGCAACUGAUCAGGAAUACGUUCGAAAACUAUUCAAUGAGAAUGUUCAGGCCAAUAUGGCUCGUGGUACUGGUACCUCGGCAAAUGAAGGACGAAACGAAUCAGGUAAAAAGGCAAGUAGCCAUAGUCGAAAGCAGAGACAGGUUGAGAAACGGCAUCAACGGGAGCGCCAAAAUAGAAGGGAUAGUCCGCAUCAGAGAGAUGACCAAAAUGCCAAUGAUGUCGAUAAGAUCAUUUUUGUGGUGUUAGAUUGGGAGCUGGAUUCGCCCUGCAUGUUGAAGCGUUCGAUUGUCUCUGACGAGAGUAACGCGGCUGACUUGGGGUUUGACCUUGUGAUUGCAUGCGACUGUAUCUAUAAUGACGCGUUGAUUUCGCCCUUUGUCAGUACAUGUGCUGAUAUAUGCCGACUACGUCCGACGUUGAGCUCGAUAUCUGGAGCCGAUGACUAUGGGAAAUUUGAGGAAGAGUCGGUUGCUCAAAAACCGACGAUAUGUAUUGUUGGCCAACAGCUGAGGUCGCAUGAGGUGUUUGAGGAUUGGUUACGGGAGACGCUGGGCGAGUUCAGGGUGUGGAGGGUUAGAGAUGAGGUUGCCGGGCCUGCUCUGGGUUCCGGAUCGGGGUAUAUCGUGCACAUACUUGUUUUGAGAGGUGAGGAGGUUGAGUAG